AUGCCUAGUGAAAUCAUUACAUUGCAAUUAGGACAAUGUGGAAAUCAAAUUGGAAUGGAAUUUUGGAAACAAUUAUGUGCCGAGCAUGGCAUAAGUCCAGAGGGAAAAUUGGAAUCAUACGCAACUGAAGGAUCAGACAGAAAAGAUGUGUUUUUUUAUCAGGCCGAUGAUGAACACUACAUUCCACGUUCCGUACUUCUCGAUUUGGAACCACGUGUUAUCGAUGGAAUUAUGAAAAGUGCAUAUAAACAUUUAUAUAAUCCGGAAAAUGUUUAUCUGUCCAAAGACGGUGGCGGUGCUGGAAAUAAUUGGGCUCAAGGAUAUCAUCAGGGUGAAAAAUUAUCAGAAGAAAUUUUUGAUAUAAUCGAUCGUGAAGCAGAUAACGGUGAUUCGUUAGAAGGUUUUGUCCUUUGUCAUUCGAUAGCCGGUGGUACAGGAUCUGGUAUGGGCUCAUAUAUCUUGGAAAAGUUGAAUGAUCGAUUUCCGAAAAAAUUGAUUCAAACAUAUUCUGUAUUUCCUAUGACAGAUGAAGUUGCCGAUGUUGUUGUUCAACCUUAUAAUUCGGUUUUGACAUUAAAACGUUUAACACAGAAUGCUGAUUGUACGGUUGUGUUAGAUAAUACAGCAUUAAAUCGUAUCGCUACUGAGCGUUUGAAAAUGAAGACACCAACACUUGCAGAAUUAAAUCAAUUAGUUUCAACAAUUAUGUCUGGUAGCACAUCAACAUUACGUUAUCCUGGCUAUAUGAACAAUGAUUUAAUCAGUUUAAUAUCGUCGCUGAUACCCACUCCUAGAUUACAUUUUUUAAUAUCAGCAUACACGCCAUUGACAGCUGAUAAAGUUGAAUCAACUGUGAGAAAAACAACUGUUCUUGAUGUAAUGCGUCGUUUAUUACAACCAAAGAAUGUCAUGGUCUCUACGUCAUCUCGUGAUCGAAAUAUAAAUCAUUGUUAUGUAUCGAUAUUGAAUAUAAUACAAGGCGAAGUCGAUGCAUCAGAAGUUCAUAAAAGUUUAAUGCGUAUCCGUGAAAGAAAAUGGGCAAAUUUUAUUCCGUGGGGACCAGCUUCUAUUCAAGUAGCUCUGUCAAAAAAGUCUCCCUAUAUUCAAACAACACAUCGAGUUAGUGGACUGAUGUUAGCCAAUCAUACCAGUAUUUCAACAUUAUUUGACCGAAUGGUUGAACAUUAUGAUAAAUUGAUUAAACGUGAAGCAUUUGUGGAAAAUUUUCGUCGUUUGCCAAUGUUUAGAGAAAAUUUAGAUGAAUUUACCGAAUCACGUGAGAUUGUUCAACAAUUAAUGGAUGAAUAUAAUGCAGCAACAAAAGCUGAUUAUGUAACAUGGGGACAGACACAACAAGCUGCAUCGAACAUGAAACCGGGUGGUGAUUAA